CAGAGUAUCUGCCAAGCACGAGCUGCUGUAAUGGUCUAUGAUGAUGCCAAUAAGAAAUGGGUACCAGCUGGUGGAUCAACUGGAUUCAGCAGAGUUCAUAUAUAUCAUCACACAGGCAACAACACAUUCAGAGUAGUGGGCAGGAAGAUUCAGGAUCAUCAGGUGGUAAUAAAUUGUGCCAUUCCGAAAGGGCUGAAGUACAAUCAGGCUACACAGACCUUCCAUCAGUGGCGUGAUGCUCGGCAGGUGUAUGGUCUGAAUUUUGGCAGCAAAGAAGAUGCCAAUGUCUUCGCAAGUGCCAUGAUGCAUGCCUUAGAAGUAUUAAAUUCACAGGAAGCUGUGUUCUAUUUAGGUCCUACAUUGCCUCGACAGAAUUCACAGCUUCCUUCUCAAGUACAAAAUGGUCCAUCACAAGAAGAAUUGGAAAUCCAGAGAAGACAGUUGCAAGAACAACAGAGGCAGAAGGAGCUGGAACGGGAGAGGCUGGAUCGUGAACGAAUGGAACGGGAGAGGCUGGAGAGAGAGAGGCUAGAAAGGGAAAGACUCGAAAGAGAGCGCCUAGAACAGGAGCAACUGGAGAGAGAACGGCAAGAAAGGGAACGGCAAGAACGCCUAGAAAGGGAGAGACAAGAGAAGGAGAGGCAGGAUCGAGAAAGACUUGAACGACUUGAACGGGAAAGGCAAGAAAGAGAACGGCAAGAACAGUUGGAAAGGGAACAAUUGGAAUGGGAAAGAGAGAGAAGAAUUACAAAUGCUGCUCCAUCUUUCGACAACUCCCCGUAUAGCACUCCACUUCCUGACUACUCCAGUUGCCAGCCUCCUUCAGCACCUCCUCCAUCAUAUGCAAAAGCAGUCUCAGCACCAGUGUCAGAGGCCACACCGGAGUACGCUGUAGUGACUUCUGCACCACCGACUUCCACUCCCCCUACACCGCCUCUAAGGCACUCUGCAUCACGUUUUGCUACAUCUUUAGGCUCAGCUUUCCACCCCGUUCUCCCCCAUUAUGCUACAGUUCCUCGUCCACUGAACAAAAGUUCUCGGCCCCCUUCUCCUGUCAAUGCCCCGGCGACUUUGCCUCCAAAUACAAAGCCCGUUGCCUGGUCUGCGCCCAGUUUUGCCCCCCUUCCCCCAUCUCCUCCAGUGAUGAUAAGCAGUCCACCAGGCAAGGCUACCGGUCCGAGACCAGUCCUCCCAGUGUCAGCUUCUAAUUCAGUGACCCAAAUGUCCACAUCUCCCACGGCUCCUAACGGGCUUCCUGAAAACCUGGCUUAUCCGGCUCCUUCACCUUCUACCUCAGGUCCAACUCCGCCUCCGCCACCUCCUCCCCCCCCACUGCCUUCCUUUCCGCCUCUGUCACUCUCUGGACCUCAAGCUUCUCCUUCUCCCAACUCCCCGAAUGCUUCGACUCCCUCAUCCAAGCCUAGUGUUCUCCCUUCUCCCUCUGCAGCUACCCCUGCCUCUGUUGAGAACUCUCUAAACUCUGUGCUGGGAGACUCCUCUGCUUCUGAGCCAGUCUUGCAGGCAGCCUCUCAGCCGAUUGAACCUCCGACCCAGCAGGGUGUUGUCCAAGGACCACCUGCACCUCCUCCCCCACCCCCCCUGCCCCCUGGCCCAGCUCAGUCUUCGGUAGCAGCCCCACCUCCUCCUGGCCCACCGCCACCUCCUCCACUUCCACCGGCAGGGCCGCCGCCGCCACCACCACCACCUCCUCCACUUCCUAGCCAGGUUCCUCCCGUUCCCCUUCCACCUCCUGCACCCCCACUUCCCACCUCUGGAUUUUCAGUGGGAUUCGUGUCUGAAGAAAACCGCCCUUUAACUGGACUAGCAGCUGCACUUGCUGGAGCCAAACUUAGGAAAGUCUCACGGGGUGAAGACUCCUCCAGUUCAAGUGGAGGAGGAGGAGGAGGCAGCUCUGCUUCAUCUAAAACAGACAGUGGCCGUGGAAAUGGACCACUUCCCUUGGGAGGCAGUGGGCUGAUGGAAGAGAUGAGCGCCCUGCUGGCCAGGAGGAGAAGAAUUGCUGAAAAGGGAUCAACAGAACCAGAACAGAAAGAAGAUAAAAAUGAGGAAUUAUUGUCUUCAACUUCUAAGGUUUCUUCAACAAGCACACCUGAACUAACAAGAAAGCCUUGGGAAAGAACAAACACAGUGAAUGGAAGCAAGUCACCUGUUAUCUCCAGACCAAAAUCUACACCAACGGGGCAACCCAGUGCCAAUGGAGUACAGUCAGAAGGUCUAGAUUAUGACAGAUUGAAGCAGGACAUUUUAGAUGAAAUGAGGAAGGAGUUAACGAAAUUAAAGGAAGAACUCAUUGAUGCUAUCAGGCAGGAACUCAGCAAGUCGAAUACCGCAUAGAAAGACUAGUACUAAGCCGAUUGUGACUCUUUAACUUGGUAUAAAACUGACUACGUUUUGUGAGCUGUUAGAAGAAAACGGAGACAGACAGACAGACACGUGGAAGGAGGGAGAAGAACAACCUAUUCUGAAAAGCUUCAGACACAUCAGUCUGGUGAUAUGCUAUUCCCCUCCUAGUUUGCAGCUUUUUUCUGACCUUUACAGCAGGGUGGAAAAGACUCUUAAAGUUACUGUAAUGAUUAUGCAGAAAUUCCUACACCUAUCAGACAAGAUCACAGUGCUUUGAAGUCUACUCAUGUCAAGAUAAAAUUGCACGUGUUGCAGAAUUUAAGACAAAAAAAAAACAGGGAAAAGCUUGGGAAGGCUUUUCAGAGAGGUUUUCUUUGUUAAUGAAGGAGUUAGCAAGUUAUACUGUUGUACUUCAAAUGUAUCUCAGGUUUGUCUUCCUAUCAUAUCUGAUAUUUCCAUGAAUAAUUUAAAAGGUCAGAUGUGUAGAAGUUCAGUUCACAAAACAUGGAACAACUAGAAAUGCACGCUUUUAAAGGGCAAUAUUUGUAAGUGAAUGACCUAGACGGUGAUGACAUAUCAAGAUUUUGGAAUUUCAUGAUAGGAAGCCUCUCUAGUUAGCCUUCAUGCAAUUUUAUAGGAAAAUAAAAAAGCAAAUACAGUCCAGAGUUUAAAGAUGUAGAUGCCUUCCUACAUUGUUACAAUGCUUUACCAAAUCUAAGACUUCUACAUAAUGCGAAUCAGCAGUCAAAUGUAAAUCAUUAGUAUGUUGUAGAUUUACAGUAGACUUUGGGGCUUUUUUUAGAUUUAUGCAUGUGGACAUUUUUGUAAUGUAACACAACACAGCCAGCUUUUUAAUUAAAAGAAAAAUUGCAUGUCA